GUCUUGAUCCUUCCGACCCAACCUUGGAAAGUUUCCCCCAGCAAACACCAUCAGGCCUGCGCUUGAUCAUGGCCAACAGCGACCCAUUCAAAGUUCUCGUCUUCAGCAAGACAUCGGCCUACCGACACGCAUCCAUCCCCGCCGGCAUAGCCGCCAUCAAAGCCCUUGCUGACCGCACGAAGCUGUUCACUGUAGAAGCUAGCGAGAAUGCCGAGACCUCCAUGACCUCCUCGCUCGAGCGUUACGCAGUCGUCGUGCUUCUGCACUGCAGCGGCAACUUUCUCGACACAGCGCAAGUAGAUGCACUGAAGAAGUUCGUGCAAUCUGGUGGUGGUGUUGUUGGCAUUCACGGUGCAGCAGCGGGCUUAUAUAAUAACGAGUGGUACGGCGCGUUGAUUGGAGCGCAUUUCGACAUGCACCCAGACCCGGAGCCAGGCAGAGUGCUGGUUGAGCAAACAGGGGAGGGCAUAAUCAGUGUUGCUCAUGGUAGAGACAAUUGGAUGGAUGAAUGGUAUAAUUUUCGUACGCAUCCAAGGGAAAACAAGAACCUGGGGGUGUUGUUGAAAGGCGAUACGACUUCAUUCCAGGGAGGGAAGAUGGGCGAGGAUCAUCCGCUUGCAUGGUGUCAAGAGUUUGAUGGGGGGAGAUCGUUCUAUACAGCGCUUGGCCAUUUCGACGAGGCGUAUGCGGACGAGUGGUAUAUGGAUCAAAUCUUGAAGGGAAUUCUUUGGGUGGCGAAGCGACAAGCAUAGAUCCAGAGCUUCAUGACUUGAGGGUGGUAGCUUAUUAAAAACAGCAAGUCUGUGGUAAGAUUCAAACAUUUCUAAUUGUUAGCGUUUGUACUAGAUAAGGUAGGAAACCUAAAAGGCACGUGACCUUAAGCUAGUUUACAGUUUUGUAACAAGUUAGCAUUUAAAAACUGUGUUACAACCUAAUAAAAUUAGCAGCUAAAACAGCGC